AUGAUGGAAAUCAUUCCUGCCAUUGACCUGCGCGGCGGGAGAUGCGUCCGGUUGCACCAAGGGGACUUUGGGCGGGAAACGGUGUUCUCAGACGAUCCCCUGGCGAUGGCCCGGCGGUGGCAAGCCGAGGGCGGACCACGGCUGCACGUCGUGGACCUGGACGGCGCAGCCACCGGAGAGCCAGCACACCUUGAGGUCAUUUCGGCCAUCGUCUCCGCGUUGGACAUUCCGGUGCAAGUGGGCGGAGGGAUUCGCAGCGCGGACACGGCGCGGGCCUGGCUGGACGCUGGCGUGGACCGGGUGGUCAUUGGCACGGCGGCGGUGCGCAACCCCAACAUGGUGGCGGCAGUCUGUCGGAAUCACGGCAGCGAGCGGGUGGUGGUAUCGGUGGACGCCCGCGACGGUAUGGUGGCCCUGCAGGGAUGGACGGAAGCCAGCGAGGUCAACGUGCUGGAACUGGCGCACCGGAUGACUGACCUCGGGGUAGGCCGGCUGCUCUACACCGACAUCGCCCGCGAUGGCAUGCUUGCCGGCCCCGAUCUGGAUACCAACGCGAGUCUCGUUAAGGAGACCGAUAUGGCAAUCCUCGCCUCCGGUGGAGUUUCGUCGGUCGAGGAUGUGCGCAGGCUGGUUCCUACGGGCGUGGAAGGCGUGAUCGUCGGGAGGGCUCUUUACACUGGAGCAGUGGACUUGGCCGAGGCCGUGUCCGCGGUAGCGAGAGGCUAG